AUGGCUAACCGUACUUUGAGGGAGUUGGCAACUCCUAAUGUAGAACAACAACCAUUGUGCAUCACCUAUCCAAAUCCGAAUGGGGAUGGAGGAUUUGAGCUUAAGUCUGGCAUGAUUCACUAUUUGCCUAAGUUCCAUGGCUUCUCAACAGAGGAUGCCAACUUGCAUCUUAAGGAGCUACAUAUGGUAUGUUCAGGAAUGAAGCCAGCAACUGUCCAUGAAGACCAUGUCAUGUUAAGGGCCUUCCCAUUCACAUUGGAGGGUAAGGCUAAGGAGUGGCUCUACAAUUUACCUUCCGGAUCACUCACCACAUGGAAUCAAGUGAAACAAGCAUUCCUUGAGCAAUAUUUUCCAGCCACAAAGGCUGCAAGCAUAAGGAAGGAUAUAUGUGCAAUCCGACAAAUGCAUGGAGAGUCCUUUGGAGAAUAUUAUGAGAGAUUCAUGUGCUUGGUUGCUUCAUGUCCUAAUCAUCAAAUAUCGGAGCACCUUCUCAUACAAUAUUUCUAUGAAGGAUUGUGUGGCACAGAUCGUGUGAUGCUUGAUGCAGCAAGUGGGGGAGCAUUCAUGGACAAGACUCAAGCUACUGCUAAAGCAUUGUUAAAGAACAUAGCUGAAAAUACUCGACAAUUUGGAGGGAGAGAUGAACUGUCACUUAAGAGCGUCAAAGAGGUUGUGAUAGCGCCAAAGCAAGUAUGCAGUGUGUGCUCAAUGGUGGGACAUGUUUCUGAUACAUGUCCAUCAUUGAUGGAGCAAAGUGGUUUUGAGCAAGCUAAUGCGGUUGGAUUUCAAGGGCAACAAAGGCCGAAAUAUGAUCCAUUCUCUAAUACCUAUAAUGCGGGGUGGCGUGAUCAUCCAAAUUUUAAGUGGAGCAACAAUGACAAUGUUUUGCAACCUCAAGGAAGUAAUUACACCCGCCCACCUGGAUUCUAUCAAGCUAGACCGCAAACAUCUUAUCAACCUCCUCCUCAACAACAAGCUCCAAGUAAGUCUCUUGAGGAUUUAGUUGCUUCUUUAGCUAACUCUCAACAAUCUUUUCAACAGAAAACAGAUAGGUCUAUUGAGAAUCUUGAGCGUCAAGUGAGUCAACUAGCAAACAUGAUUGGACAACAACACCAACAAGGAAAGCUCCCUAGUCAGACUGUGAUCAAUCCAAAAGGGGGGUUUGAGAAUGCUAGUGUUGUGACCUUAAGAAGUGGAAAAGAAGUUUUGGAGCAGCCAAGAGGGCAAAAGAGAGUUCAGAGAGCCAUGCAUAAUGAGGAGGAGCAAGGAGAAGCUACGGUAGCAAAGGAGGACAACCAUGAGUGCUUGGACACUUUAGGGCAGCCCCCUAAUCACAUAAAUGCAUCAAAGGCAGCCCUUAAACCCACAGGUUUAAGAGAUUCUAAGGUUAGUAAUGUAGUUCCAAGUUUGAUUACUUCAUGUCUUCCUUUUCCGCGUAGGUUUGCUAAAUCAAAGAAAGAGGAACUUGAAAAGGAGAUCUUGGAAACAUUUCGAAAAGUCCAAGUGAACAUACCGCUCUUAGAUGCAAUAAAACAAGUCCCAAAAUAUGCCAAAUUUCUAAAAGAACUUUGCACUACCAAGCGGAGAUUAAAGGGGAAUGAAACUGUAAAGGUGAGUGAGAAUGAAGGCUCAAGACCAACAAGAGAAGCUCAACGUCGUUUGAAUCCUGUCAUGAUGGAGGUGGUGAAGAAGGAGGUAUUAAAGUUGCUAGAUGUGGGUGUGAUCUACCCCAUCUCAGAUAGCAAGUGGGUGAGCCCAGUGCAGGUAGUUCCUAAACGAUCUGGUAUCACGGUUGUGAAGAAUGAAGACAACGAGCUAGUGCCUACACGUGUGCAAACUGGGUGGCGGGUGUGCAUUGACUAUCGAAAAUUAAACACAACAACUCGCAAGGAUCACUUUCCGCUACCCUUUAUUGAUCAGAUGCUCGAAAGGUUAGCUGGUCAUUCUCAUUAUUGCUUUCUUGAUGGUUAUUCAGGUUACAAUCAGAUUGCUAUUGCUCCGGAGGAUCAAGAAAAGACGACAUUCACUUGUCCUUUUGGGACUUUUGCAUACCGGAGGAUGCCUUUUGGACUCUGUAAUGCUCCUGCAACGUUUCAGAGAUGUAUGGUAAGUAUAUUUUCAGAUUUUGUCGAAAACAUCAUAGAAGUAUUCAUGGAUGAUUUUAGUGUUUAUGGUGAUUCUUUCGAUAAAUGCUUAGACAAUCUAUCUCUUGUGCUUAAUCGUUGCAUUGAAACUAACCUUGUUUUAAAUUGGGAAAAAUGUCAUUUCAUGGUUGAUCAAGGUAUUGUUUUAGGGCACGUUAUUUCUGCUAGGGGCAUAGAAGUUGAUAAAUCAAAAAUAGAUCUUGUACGUUCCUUACCCCCUCCCACAAGUGUGAGAGAGGUUCGUUCUUUUCUUGGACAUGCAGGUUUCUAUAGGCGAUUCAUCAAGGAUUUCUCGAAAAUAUCAAGACCCUUAUGCAGGUUGUUACAAAAGGAUGUGGCAUUUGAGUUCGAUGAAGAAUGCAGGGAAGCUUUUGAGAAACUCAAGGAGUUGUUAACCACAGCACCUAUCAUCACUCCUCCAGAUUGGAAUUUGCCCUUUGAGCUAAUGUGUGACGCCUCUGAUUAUGCUGUGGGGGCUGUUUUGGGCCAACGUUUGAACAAGCUUCCACAUGUUAUCUACUACGCAUCUCGGACUCUUAAUGAUGCUCAGUUGAAUUAUUCAACUACAGAGAAGGAGCUUUUAGCUGUUAUUUUCGCUUUAGAGAAAUUUCGUUCAUAUUUAAUUGGUACUAAAGUGAUUGUGUUUUCUGACCAUGCAGCUUUGAAGUAUCUUCUUACAAAGAAGGAUGCAAAACCGAGGCUUAUUAGGUGGAUGCUUCUCUUACAAGAGUUUGAUUUGGAAAUCAAGGACAAGAAGGGAAGUGAGAAUGUGGUAGCAGAUCACCUAAGCCGACUUGUAAAUGGUUCAAACGCAGAGGAGGAUCUAUUGCCUUUGCAUGAAAGCUUUCCGGAUGAGCAGCUUUUUCACUUAGAAGUUUUGGAGCCUUGGUAUGCAGAUAUCGUCAACUACAAAGUAACCAAGAAGUUUCCAGAUGAUUUGACAAAGGCUCAAAAGGAUAAGCUUGCUAAGACUGCCAAGUAUUAUGUGUGGGAUGAUCCGUACUUAUGGAAACAUUGUGCAGAUCAAUUGAUAAGAAGGUGCGUUUCAACGCCUUAUCAUCCUCAAACAAGUGGCCAGGUAGAAGUUUCUAACCGCGAGGUAAAGCAAAUUUUGGAAAAGACCGUGAAUCCUAGUAGGAAGGAUUGGAGCUUGAGACUUGAUGAUGCAUUAUGGGCAUAUAGAACAGCUUACAAGACACCAAUUGGGAUGUCACCAUUCAGAAUGGUCUAUGGAAAACCGUGUCACCUUCCGGUUGAGCUGGAGCAUAGGGCAUAUUGGGCGGUGAAGCGAUGCAAUAUGAACUUGGAAACUGCUGGUGAGCAAAGAAAGCUGCAAUUGAAUGAGCUUGAGGAAAUACGCAACGAUGCCUAUGAGAGUUCAAGAAUAUACAAGGAGAAAACAAAGGCGUUUCAUGACAAAAUGAUCACAAGGAAAACUUUUGUUGUAGGACAAAAAGUUCUUCUCUUCCAUUCUCGCCUUAAAUUGUUUCCGGGUAAGUUGCGCUCUCGUUGGGUUGGUCCUUUUGUUAUUACUAAUGUUUACUCUCAUGGUGCGGUUGAGAUUCGUAGUGAAAAAACCGGCAAAGUGUUCAAGGUAAAUGGACAUCGACUCAAGAUCUAUUAUGAGCCUUUUGUGAUGCAAAAUGUGGAGUUAGUACCCCUUCAUGAACCAGUGUCACAAGAAGAUUGA